UUUUUCUUCGUCAAUGAUCGGUGGCAUUCUUCAUAAUCGCACUUUUUUUUGUCUCGAGCAAUAAAAUAUUUAUUAUAAAAUUUUACUUUUUUUGACAGUCUUAUUAAAUUGAGAUAAGAUUAACAGUUCGUCUCGAUUCUACAUUGAGAAUUUACUGAAAACGUGAGGAGUGAGUUAAGCAAAAGACGUUUAUUAAAAGUGUCUGACGUUCAAAAAAAAAUUGUGAAAAAGUUAUAAAUUAAAAUUGGUCAAGAUGAGUGUCUUAAAGUAUUGAGCACUUGCCGCAAGUGUUAAAAAUCUGCGAAAUUCGAAGCCGAUUCAGAGUAAAAACGUGAUAAAAACAGCAUCCCAUCGAUUUUCCCCAUUGUUGUGUCGAUAAAGUUUUAAUUAAAAACAAUUAAAUUAAAAAUAAUUAUUUUUUAAGCAAAUUUGUGGAUUUUGUUCUACUAAGUACCUUCGAUACUUAAAAAAAUAUUUAUAAUUAAAAAAAAGCAAAGGAAGUGAUUGAAAAUGAGUGGCAAGAAAAUUUCGACACAACAAAGUUACACAACGUACGAGUUCCCGGCACGGAAGGCAAAACAAAAGAAAACGCUCGGCCAACUGAUCUACGACGGAGAAAAGGGCCGAAUACUUGGACGUACACCAAAAAAUUGGGGUACAUUUAAGUCAUCUCUUUCUCCUCCUCCUACGAAACCCCCGUACGAGGCAAACGACAACAAAAAGUCGUUUAAUCAUUACAAUAAAGACAAAGAUCCGGAUUAUCAUUAUGUAAAAAAUUGGAGAGGAGAAUUCAUUAGGGUACGAAAGUGUAAAAAUAAGUAUCAAGAAAGAAAAUAUUUUGCCCAGUUGAUAAUCUUCUACACCGUAUUUUACGCUGUACUUGCCGCUCUAUUUACCAUCUGUCUGCAAGCCUUAUUCUUCACGCUAAAUGACGAGCACCCGAAAUGGCAGUUGGAGGAAUCAUUGAUAGGUGUCAAUCCCGGCCUCGGAUUCCGUCCCUUGCCCGACGACCCGGAUGAGGGUUCGCUCGUAUGGUACGAAGCCAAGAACCAGACUCAAGUAAAAGUUUGGACAGACCGUCUAGACAAAUUUUUGGAACCUUACCGAAAUAAAUCAUUGCUGCCAAGUGAGGGAAAGAAUCAAGUCGUCUGUGAUUUCGAUCAAAGUCCAAAGGAGGGUCAAGUUUGUUCCGUGGAAGUUGAUUCGUGGGGCCCAUGCAGUCCAAGUGAGGGAUACAGCUACAAUAAAUCCUCGCCAUGCAUUUUCCUGAAAUUAAAUCGAAUUUACGGAUGGGAGCCAGAAUUCUACACGGAGCCCAUCGAUGAGAUGCCCCAGCAAUUGAAGGACUUCAUUAAUGCUCAACCCAUGGAGAAACGAAAGCAAAUUUGGGUGUCGUGCGACGGACAGGAUCCAGUUGAUAUGGAAACGUUAAGUGCCGGCUUGGAAUAUUACCCGAAAGACUUGCACGGAUUCCCCGGAUACUUUUAUCCAUACGUUAAUACGCCCGGUUACUUGAGUCCCUUGGUGGCUGUUCGUCUCUUGCGUCCUCAAGUUCAUCAAAUUGUCAACAUCGAGUGCAAGGCAUGGGCGAAAAAUAUUAAAGUUCAAUUAGGACGCGAUCGCUCGGGAUCCGUACAUUUUGAGGUGAUGGUAGAUUAAAUGAACGGACUGUGUUAGCUCUAAAGACGUUAUUAUUUAAUCGUUAUCAGUUGUAUACUUAAAAAAAAGAGAAGAAAACUUAUGAAAUUGUUUUGUAAAGUUGACUUGCCACACA